GAGCUUGCUCGUGCGUGCACGUGAGUCUGCUGUGCCGAGACCUGAGUUCCCUCCGCCGGCCGCCGCCGAAACUCGUGGGCGCCCGCGCAGACCGUAGAACAGGAUAGCCACCGCCCUCCCAGCGCGGCGGCAAGCAGCCCGCCCCACCUGCUGCUCCCCCACAAGUCUAAACCCCUCUUUUGAGCCGAGCAAAACCACCGCCGGGAAGCCGUUCAAGUCUUCAAGAUGGGGUACAAUCGCAAUAGCCGCGGCCGCGGAUCCUCCUCCUCGUCGUCGUCUUCACGCCGCAACAAGCAAGAAGCCUCUUGGGAUGAUGGUCCUGGGACCUCACUUCCAAGGCAGGAAGAAGAUACCGAAGAGGAAUUUAAAGGUUCAAGAAUUCAACUUGCAAUGUGGGACUUUGGGCAAUGUGAUGUUAAAAGGUGUACUGGUCGUAAGCUUUCAAGAUUUGGGCUUCUAAAGGAGUUACGGGUGACCAAUGGUUUUGGUGGUGUUGUUCUCAGCCCUGUUGGGACACAAUGUGUAUCCAAGGCAGAUCAUCCUAUUGUGCAGAGAAAAGGAUUGGCUGUGGUUGAUUGUUCCUGGGCACGUUUAAGUGAUGUCCCUUUUGUGAAACUCCGCUGUGGCGCUCCUCGCCUCUUGCCAUGGUUGGUAGCAGCAAACCCUGUGAACUAUGGGCGCCCAUGUGAACUGUCUUGUGUGGAAGCCUUAUCAGCAGCCCUCAUAAUAUGUGGGGAGGAAGACACAGGACAUUUACUGCUUGGGAAAUUCAAGUGGGGUCACUCAUUCUUGUCGCUAAACAGAGACCUCCUGAAAGCGUACUCCAAAUGUGAAAAUGGAUCUGAGAUAAUCAAUGUGCAGAACUCCUGGUUAUCAGGUAACUCAAGUGCUCCAAAGCCACCUGUAAAUGAGGCAGAAAAAUCACGCCAAAGCAAAGAGGAAGGAUCUGAGGGUGAUUCUGACGAUGAUUUGCCGCCUCUUGAGGAAAAUCUGAACCACUUGAACCUCAACCGAGAUGAGGAAAGCGAGGAAGGAUCUGAGGGUGAUUCUGACGAUGAUUUGCCGCCUCUUGAGGAAAAUCUGAACCACUUGAACCUCAACCGAGAUGAGGAAAGCGAGGAAGGAUCUGAGGGUGAUUCUGAUGAUGAUUUGCCACCUCUCGAGGAGAACUUGAACCACUUGAACCUCAACCAAGACGAGGAAAGCGAGGAAGAAAGUGAAAGUAAAAGGAAGGGCUAAAAUGGUGGGGUCUUGGCAACAGUUGAAAAAUAAUUGAGCGAAAGUGGCUUGCAAGCGCCUGCUGUGGACCAAACCAUGGUAGUAUUCCUUAUUAAAAAACCAUGGUAGUAUCUUUCGGUAUAUGGUCCAAAUGAACUUGAGUUUCCUUUGCGUCUGGAUCAUGGAUCCAUUCAUGGUUGAAAAUGAAUCCUUGUACAGCUGUGGUGCAUACCUGUGUAACACAAGCUAUGGAAACAGAAGGGGCGUUCAUAACUAAGAAUCGUAGUACGGGGCAGUAAGCUCUUUUCGUCCUUUUUCAGAGCUCUUGAAGCAUACAUUGAGUUCUUUAGGCAAUGUGUAAAACUUGAAAUUACUAUUAUAGUUUGAAAUAAAGCAAUGAAGAUACAUGUGUA